GAAAACUAAACGGCAGAGCGGGCGCUGCUGCCCUCUGACGCGGCCGGCGGGAAAUGCGGCAGCACCGCCCCGGCCGCCGCUUCUGCCCGGCAGACUGAGGUGCUGCUCUGCGCCGCAGGUGCGGGGGGAGCUGGGCUGGGAGUCCUCCGGGACCCGUCAGCGGGUGCCGUGUGAAUGUGAGCCCGCGGAGGGUUGAAGCUGCUGCUGGUCCUGCGGGAACGGUACUUCUGUCUUUGUACAAUAUUGUUUAUAAGAAAAAGAAGUGGACGUCAAGAAAGAAGCAAGAAACUGGAGCUGGCACAAAGCGAGACCAUGAAGGCAGGAACAGAUGUGCACAAUAGCAAAGAGGAAGCCGAAGAGCCAAAGGCCAGAGACAAGAGGCUAAUGUCAUUGUUUGGUGUGGCAGACUUAAAAAAUGACGCUACUUCUUUUUCUGUGCCUACAGAAGCUAUCGGACUGUACAACAUUGGACAGAGCUGCUGUCUGAACUCUCUGCUCCAGGUGUUCCUCAUGAAUAUACACUUCACAGGAAUACUUCGAAGGAUCAUGAUUCCACGACACGCUGCACAGAUGAAGAGGAAUGUCCCAUACCAAAUGCUCUUGCUGUUGGAGGAGAUGCAGCGUGGCAAGCAGAAAGCUGUUUUUCCCACAGCCUUCGCUCACUGUCUUUCAGCAUACAGAGUGAAACUGUUUGUGCAGCAUGAUGCUGCCCAGCUCUUCCUGACUCUCUGGAACGUGAUAAAGAUGCAGAUGGGAAAGCCAGAGCUGGUUGAAGAGCUGAGUGAUUUGUACACUAUCUGUGUACAGGAGCACCUGGCCUGUCAGAAAUGCUCUCUUGAAACAAAGAGGAACAGCAGCAUGUUAACCCUUCCACUCCCAGUGCUGGAUUCCAGUUCUCACAAGCUAAGGACGCUGGAGGACUGUCUGCAGCACUUUUUCCAUCCAGAAGAGCUGACUGAUCACAACAUGUGUUUCUGUGAACAGUGUGGAAGGAAAACACCUUUUCUGCAGAGCAUGAAGCUGGUCCAUCUGCCAAAGACUCUGACCAUACACCUAAAGCGCUUCUGCUUUGAAAAAUCAGCCUACAUUCACAAGCUUAGUCACUAUCUGCCGUUCCCACAAGACCUUGAUUUCAGUGCAGUCUUGACAGAAGAUCAGUGCCAAGCAGAUGACAAUGAAAAGGCUGCCUGGCAGUAUGAGCUUUUUGCUGUUGUUGCUCAUUCAGGAUCAACUAGUUAUGGACACUACUGUGCCUAUAUUCGAAGUCUUACAGAACGUAAAUGGUAUUGCUUCAAUGAUUCCGAGGUGUGCCAGGUAUCGUGGGAUGAUGUUAAGUGCACCUACGGACAUUCCAACCUCUACUGGGCAGAAACGGCUUAUCUCCUAAUUUACAUGAAAAAACAACUUCAGUAGCCUUAUCCAGGAGUAUCAGAAUGUCAGGAAGCUGUGUAUUGUCCAUGGAGCUCAGCACCUCUGUGACAGUGUGGACAUGCACAAAUGCUCCACAAGAAUUGCAUCCUGCACUCAGUGACCUCUGCCUUUUAAUUUAUGUAUGAAAAAAAGUGCAGGAGAGACUCAGCUAGAGAAAGGGUCUAAGAACUGUUGCACCUAGAAAAUUUUCUUUCAUAUAUGUUUGAUAUUUAUGUGAUUCUAUGUAGUCAUUUCCUCUCGCAAGACAGUAAAAUUAUUAUUUGUCUCUGUCAACGUAAUGGUUUCUUUAAUGCUGAUGUGUAGGUUCCAGUACAGGGGAAGUGUUUGGCCUGGAAGUCUGCGUGGUGUUCCAGGGAGGCACGUGGUAUGGCUGGGGAACUGUGAUAGCCAUACCUAGCCAGGAAGAUCAUAAGAGUUUGAGACUUACUCUGCCCCUUUGGUGCCAUGCUAAAUGCUGGCAAACGUGGCAGGGAAGCCUAAAUUUCUUGAGAAACAGCGAGAAUAAGGACCAGAACCUAUAUGGCACAUGCACCAGUGAUGUUUUAUCCUCAAAGCCUUCCUGAAAAUGAAUCACUGCAGAGGCUGAGAUGCGUUGGAAAGUUGGUGUCAGCAUAAAGAGGUGUUUUAAAUCAGGAGCUAUUGUAGUAUUUCUGAUUUUCAGUAUGAGUUUUAUAUGUAUUUAUGCAGAUGAUUAUUGUUUAGCAUGCUUAUCAGGCACUUAAUGUGUUUUCUUUCCUGUAUAGAGGGGAAUAUUCAGAACAACAGAGAUUCUGACACUAGCUAGUGAUUUUGCACAGUACACUCCAGAUGCUGUGAUAAGAGAAGUGAGAUACCUUAAUGUGCUUGAACUUUUGGGAUUUUCCUUCAGUGCUCUUCAGCUGGUUACCAGCUGGAAUUGUCUUGCUCUCUCCCUCCUUCUCCGCCCAUGAGGUGGAAAUGUCCCUCAAGCAGAAAGUGUGCUGGGGAGAACAAUUUUAUAAAGGAAGCGAGUUAUUUUUAAUUCUCAUGUUGAGUCCUGUCACUCUGUGCUGUUGGUUUGGCCUCUGCUCCCAUGGCAAGACCACACAGCUGGAGAGAAAAUGUAGAGAGAGCUGAAUAGGAAGGUUGGUAAUGUGUGAUUAUCAGAAGAGGAGGAUUCUAAAAGCCCAUCACAAGACUCAGCUGUGAGGGAACUUAAAAACUUUGGUUGUGAUGAUUUUCAAAGCACUGAUUGCUGAAAGUCUUGACAUACCACAGUUUGUGAAAGGAUCAGUGAUUCCAGUAGUUUGAGAUCUAGAAGUAUCUUCUAGCCUAGCUUAUUCUUUGACUGUAUCUUUACAAGGGUGCUAUUUUUGUGGGACUGAGAAUGUUUUAAAAUUGCUAAUUUAGUUAUGAUAGCAGAUAUAUAUAACCAAAUUUUACUUAGAUAAUGAAGAUGAAGUUCCUAAAUCAUGUCCGCUAUUGUUGUUACGUGGAAGGUGAAUCGAGAGAAGUUGAAGUAUAGCUGUGAAAUUACAUUUUUAUGAGCUAGCAGGUAUUUAUUUCACCAUACCAGCAAGGUCCAUUAUUCUAUUCAACUCUUGUAUUUGUACUGUUCAUUCUGUGUUAAAAUACCCCAGUGCAUUGUUUGUCAGCAGGAUGAGGAGUUUUCGGCCUAUUCACCUCAGGAAUGUGUUGCACUCUUGCUAAAACACUUUGCAAUGGGUGAGUAAGAAAGUUUCUGUCUGCUCUAUCCAGCACUUUGCAUAUGUGAAGUAGUUGCAAGAUGGUGCACUUGCAGAAACGGAGAAGUUAAUGGGUUAAGAGACUGACAUGUCUAGUUUUAUAUAACCCUAAAUUUAAAAACAAGCUAUGCUUAUGAAAAGUGCCUCAAAUGUGUCACAACCUUCCAAGUAUAACAUUCAUCAAGAAAGCAAUUGCUGAAAUACAGUAAGAAUCUUUUCAGUCAGUAUCUCAAUGAAAAAUAAUGAUUUUUUUUUUUGUUCUCUGAGUAAAAGUGUAUGGAAUAAAUCCCCUAGAAAAUAA